GAUUCACAGGUUUUCCAUGGGUUACACACAAGGGCUUUUUUACAUGCAGUUGGUAUUUAUUAUGGUGUGUUCUCAGAGAUCAGAGAAUGCAGGACCUUUGUUAUUGAUUUCUGCUGUUCACUGCAUUGGAGGGCUGAGAUCUAGCAGCACUUGAGCAACGAAUCACACUUUUACUGCCCAUAACAUCAGCCGGGGAUCAAAAAGUGGGAGGGAUAGAGAAAAUUUAAAAGCACCCUGUUCAGUGUCAGUGCCAUCAUCUACUAGACCUGAGUGAGAAAAGAAGUGGAGUUUCAGAACCAUGGAUAGCAAGAUUGUCCUCUUCAAGCUGCUAUGUGCCAGUCUGCUCAUCGCCUGCCUGUGCAAUGCCCAGUCCUCCAGGGAGAUUUCUGCAGAAGAGUUUGAUGGCAACAAAUCACCCUCUUCUUCCGAAAGAGAGUUGGUUGAAGCAAUGGAGGAGCUGUUGGGAAAAUUUCAGGACAGGUAUCCAAGCUAUCAAAAGAAAGCUCAGAUACCACUGUGUGACAUUGGCGAGAGAUGUGCAGUGAAACAAGGACCUAGAAUUGGCAAACUCUGUGACUGCACCCGUGGAUCAUCUUGCAACUCUUUCCUGCUGAAGUGCAUAUGAAUGUGAGUUUGUCUUGACCAUGCAUCCCCUAGCAGCACCAAGGAAGAGAUCAGCAGCCAACUUGUCUGCUUAUAAAAGCCCACGCCUGUCAUUUCUAGGGUAUCCAGAGAUACAGAUUCAAUGGUCAUUCCAUGUCCACAGUUUUUCUCAUUAUUUGGAAUUGCUAAUAAAUAUCUCAUGCAUUUUCUGGUUUCAAUUGAAUGCAUUUUCUUUACACGUUGGAAUGGUGGAAUGUAUGUAAUUGUAGAUUUUCGCUACUGCACAUCAUGUGUAGGAAAUAUUUCUCCUGCUCAAAUACAAAUAUGCAAAUAAACAAUGUAUAACUAA